AUACACAAUUUUUCGGACCUUCGCAACUUCCAACGAAACGAAAACUGCUUAAAAUAUAAAAUAAAACUAGUCUAAUAUGUCUUUAGUUAUUAAGUGAAUCAGUUAAUACAGCUGCUCGCGCACACAACAAGAUGUCCCAUCCGAAUUCGAUCCUUUCACUGUUGCUUUGCCUUGGCCUGUGUUUGGGUCACGUUCAGUCCCGAACUGCCAAGCGAUCCGACGUUUACAUAGCGGGCUUCUUUCCCUAUGGCGAUGGCGUUGAGAACUCGUACACUGGACGUGGAGUUAUGCCUAGCGUGAAGCUGGCGCUGGGUCAUGUCAAUGAGCAUCCACAGAUAUUGACCAACUACAGGCUGCACAUGUGGUGGAAUGAUACACAGUGUAAUGCUGCAGUAGGCGUGAAGUCCUUUUUCGACAUGAUGCACUCGGGUCCCAAUAAGGUGAUGCUCUUUGGUGCCGCCUGCACGCACGUCACUGAUCCCAUAGCCAAGGCCAGCAAGCACUGGCACUUAACGCAGCUGAGCUAUGCGGACACACAUCCCAUGUUCACGAAGGACGCGUUUCCUAACUUUUUCCGCGUAGUACCCUCUGAGAAUGCAUUUAACGCUCCACGUCUUGCGCUACUCAAGGAGUUCAACUGGACGAGAGUGGGCACCGUCUACCAGAACGAACCACGAUAUUCUCUGCCGCACAAUCAUAUGGUAGCAGAUCUGGACUCCAUGGAGCUGGAGGUGGUGGAGACUCAAAGCUUUGUUAACGAUGUGGCCGAAUCUCUGAAGAAGUUGCGCGAAAAAGACGUGCGCAUCAUUCUGGGCAAUUUUAAUGAGCAUUUUGCACGCAAAGCUUUUUGCGAGGCCUUCAAGUUACAAAUGUAUGGACGCGCCUAUCAAUGGCUGAUUAUGGCCACCUACACUACGGAUUGGUGGAAUGUGACGCUGGACAGCGAAUGCACAGACAAGGAGAUAGCCACUGCCUUAGAAGGCGCCAUAUUGGUGGAUCUGCUGCCGCUCUCAACCAGCGGCGACAUUACUGUAGCAGGCAUUACGGCAGAUGAGUAUCUGGUGGAAUAUGAUCGAUUACGCGGCACAGAAUAUUCGCGAUUCCAUGGCUACACGUAUGACGGUAUCUGGGCAGCCGCCUUGGCAAUACAGUAUGUGGCGGAGAAACGUGAGGAUCUGCUGACACAUUUCGACUAUCGUGUCAAGGACUGGGAGAGUAUAUUUCUGGAAGCAUUGCGUAAUACUUCCUUUGAGGGCGUAACGGGUCCUGUACGCUUCUAUAACAACGAACGCAAGGCCAACAUUUUAAUCACUCAAUUUCAAUUGGGACAAAUGGAAAAGAUUGGUGAAUAUCAUUCACAGCAAGCACAUUUGGACAUGACACUGGGCAAGCCAGUGCGUUGGGUGGGUAAAACGCCGCCCAAGGAUCGCACCCUAAUCUACAUAGAACACAGCCAGGUUAACCCCACCAUAUAUAUUGUGUCAGCCAGCGCCUCUGUCAUUGGCGUGAUCAUAGCCACCGUUUUCUUAGCCUUUAAUAUCAAGUACCGCAAUCAACGCUACAUCAAAAUGUCUAGUCCACAUUUGAACAAUCUGAUUAUCAUUGGCUGCAUGCUAACCUACCUGAGCAUUAUAUUUCUGGGCCUGGAUACUACGCUGAGCAGCGUGGCAGCUUUUCCCUAUAUAUGCACGGCUCGUGCCUGGAUCCUAAUGGCUGGUUUUAGUUUGGCCUUCGGAGCAAUGUUCUCAAAAACUUGGCGAGUGCAUUCGAUUUUCACCGACUUGAAGCUGAAUAAGAAAGUAAUCAAGGACUAUCAGCUGUUUAUGGUUGUGGGCGUGCUGCUGGCCAUUGAUAUAGCGAUCAUAACCACCUGGCAGAUAGCUGAUCCCUUUUAUCGCGAGACCAAGCAACUAGAGCCAAAACAUCACGAGAACAUUGAUGAUGUGCUAGUCAUACCCGAGAACGAGUACUGCCAGUCGGAGCAUAUGACGAUAUUUGUUAGCAUCAUCUAUGCAUAUAAGGGCUUGCUCUUGGUUUUUGGCGCCUUCUUGGCCUGGGAAACCCGGCAUGUCUCCAUACCAGCUCUAAAUGACUCCAAACAUAUUGGUUUCUCCGUUUAUAAUGUGUUCAUUACUUGCAUUGCCGGCGCGGCAAUAUCGCUUGUUUUAUCGGAUCGCAAGGAUUUAGUUUUUGUCUUACUCUCGUUUUUUAUCAUUUUUUGUACGACAGCCACUUUGUGUUUGGUGUUCGUACCGAAAGUAAGACUGGUACUCGUCGAACUUAAACGCAAUCCUCAGGGCGUUGUGGACAAGCGAGUGCGCGCUACUCUACGCCCUAUGUCCAAGAAUCGACGCGAUUCCUCGGUCUGUGAGCUAGAGCAGCGGCUGCGCGAUGUGAAGAACACCAAUUGUCGCUUCCGCAAGGCUCUGAUGGAGAAGGAGAACGAACUGCAGGCUCUAAUACGCAAACUGGGUCCGGAGGCGCGCAAGUGGAUCGAUGGAGUCACCUGUACAGGUGCAGCUACGGAUCUGGAGCCCAUAUUAAGCGACGAUAUGGCUAAGUUAUCAGCCCCACCUGUGCGUCGCGAGAUGCCCAGCACUACAGUUACCGAGCUGACAUCCGUGGAUAGCAUCACCUCCACACACGUUGAAAUUGACAACUCCUUUGUUUCAGUGCAGUCCACAACUCUGGCGCCCUCCUUACCGCCCAAAAAGAAGAAACAGUCAAUUGUGGAGCAACCUUCAAGUGCUAUGAUGCAACCCAUUCAGCAACAGCUACAGCAACAUCUUCAGAAACAGCAGCAAAUGCAGCAGCAGCAACUACAGCAACAACAACAACAACAGCAACAACAACAACAACAGCAACAACAACAACAACAACAGCAACAACAACAACAACAACUACAUCAGCACCAUCGACAUUUGGAGAAACGCAAUUCGGUUUCGGCUCAGACAGAUGCCAAUAUUGGUAGCGUAACCAGCAGCAGCUCCACUAAACGCUCUACUGGCGACUGCAGCGCAAUGAGAGAUCGCCGCCAGUCAACAGCAUCCAGGCACUAUGAAAGUGGUAGCCAAACGCCAACGACCAAGCCAAAGUAUAGCAGCACACAUCGCAAUUCCUCCACAAAUAUAUCCACCUCGCAAUCGGAGCUGAGUAACGUUUGUCCGCACAGCAAGCCCGGCACACCGGGCGUAAUUAAAACUCCCACUGCCUCGGACCAUCGUCGCACCAGCAUGGGGUCGGCGCUCAAGUCAAACUUCGUUGUCUCCCAGAGUGAUCUUUGGGACACGCACACGCUCUCCCACGCCAAGCAACAUUCGCGCCAGUCGCAGCGUACCUAUGCCAGCCCACAGCGUUGUUCGGAACAUCAUGGUCACGUGAUGACCUAUGAGCAAAACACAACCUCACCCAUUCAGCGCUCCGUCUCGGAAAAGAAUCGUAACAAGCAUCGCCCCAAGCCACAGAAGGGUACAGUCUGCCAGAGUGAGACGGACAGCGAGCGGGAGCGGGAGCCGACGCCCACAAGCGUGCAGCAAUGUACACAGACACGCAAAUUCAAUCGAAAUGCGAACAUUCAACAUGCGGCGCAUCAUCACAGCUCACCGAACGUGGCACCUGAGAAGCAAAGGAAGCAGCGCAACCGAACCGAACAUUCAAUCUAUGGUGCCAGCUCCGAAACAGAGCUCAUAGAGGGAGAAACAGCCAUACUACCUAUAUUCCGGAAGCUACUCACUGAGAAGAGUCCCAAUUAUCGCGGCCGUAGUGUUGUUGGACAGAGCUGUCCAAAUAUAUCCAUCAAGUGCGAUAUCGUUGAAUACUUGUAGACAAUGAUGACAAUGCUGCAUUUAAACCACAAAAAUUGUGAGCAGUUUUUAGCCCCUAGGUCAGAAUUCCUUAUACUCUACACGUUACUCUUACUAAUGUGUAGAGAUACACAAUUUCAUAAAUUGCUAGCACAAAUAUUAUUG